UAGGAUAAGUACCUUAGGUGAUUAUGUAAAAUGUUGACCUUAUCGUUGCUAAAAAACAAUAGACAAACAUAAACUGUUAUAAACUGUUAUAGACGUGACACCUUUCCAUUUGUGUCGAUUUUAGGGUUCUUUCUUGUGUCGAUCUCCUAAUUAUGGCCGAAGGAUUUUCAGAAGAGGAUUAUGUAGAUGGAUUCCCUGUGUGCAAUGUUCCUAAAUGCAAAUGCGGAUUGGAGGCGAAGGUCAUGGUGUGUUGGACUGAAAAGCAUCCUGGGAGGCGAUUCUUUCGAUGUCCAAAUGCUAAGAUGCGGGUGAAUCGAUGCCCCUUCUUCAUGUGGUAUGACGAGGAAUAUGCUCCUCACCUGAAGCACAUGUUGUAUACUAUGAAGAGAUCAAAUGGAGAGCUACAGAAAGAAGGGGAAAAGCUCAGAGGAGAUGUAUUCGAGCUGAAGCAUUUGAUUGACAGAGCAAGUAUAAUUGAUGCAAUUGAAGUGGAGGACGAGCUUCUUAAAGCUGCUAACAAAAUUGAGGGGAUGGAGCUGGAGCUAACAGACUUGUAUGCUGCAAAUAGGGGACUGCAGAUGGAGAUUAGAGAAUUGAAGAAUGAACUCACAGCUGCUCGGAUUAGAGAAAAUAAUAGGGGAACUGAAGGCUUAUAA